UGGGAAACAGUCGGUCGCUAAUGUCUGCAACACCCGGUGUUUGAGUUGUGGGAUGGAGUUUCGUUGACAGACAGUAACAAUACGUGAAAUUUGUAUUUAUUGUCUCCGUCUUCAUACGCAGUGACAUCGGGAGGACUCCCAAGAGCAACAUGGCGGAUAACAUUAUCAUCAGGGUACAAUCCCCAGAUGGGAUGAAGAAAAUUACUUCUACCAAGAGGGAGACUGCUACUGCUUUUUUAAAGAAGGUGGCCAAAGAGUUUGGGUUAAAUUCCAAUGGGUUUUCUGUUUACCUGAACCGCAACAAGACCGAAGAGCUCCUUUCCCAGAACAAAACCAUGAGCCUGCUUAAGAUCAAGCAUGGCGACAUGCUGUAUAUGGUCCCUUCAGGAUCCCCCUCCACCUCGGGGGAGGUGAUGGACACGGCCACCCCGCACUCAUCUUCAUCCCUACCAUCUGUCUCAUCUGCCUCAUCCUCCUCUUCGUCCUCCAUGAUCCCCCGGUCCUUCUCAGCGCCCCAGGUCCAGGAGGACGAGAUCGAUCAGUAUCUGUCCAAACAAGACGGCAAGAUCUACAGGAACAAAGAUCCACAGCUAUGUCACCACGGGUCCCUUGGAAAAUGUGUUCACUGUGUACCAUUAGAGCCUUUUGACGAAGACUACCUGAAUCACCUCGACCCACCAGUGAAGCACAUGUCAUUCCACGCAUAUCUUCGAAAGCUGACUGGUGGAGCUGAUAAAGGGAAGUUUGCCGCUCUGGAGAACAUCAGCUGUAAGAUCAAGUCGGGCUGUGAGGGCCACCCUCCCUGGCCAGAGGGGAUCUGCACCAAGUGCCAGCCCAGCGCCCUCACACUCAACAGACAGAAAUACAGACAUGUGGACAACAUCAUGUUUGAGAACCACACCAUCGCUGACCGCUUCCUGGACUUCUGGAGGAAGACGGGCAGUCAGAGGAUGGGAUACUUGUACGGCCGGUUCACUGAGCACAAAGACAUCCCUCUGGGCAUCAGAGCCGAGGUGGCUGCCAUCUACGAGCCGCCACAGAACGCCAGUCAGAACAGCCUGGAGCUGGUGGACGAUCCUAAAGCUGCAGCUGUGGACGAAAUCGCUGCCAAACUGGGCCUGACCAAGGUAGGCUGGAUCUUCACUGACCUGCUGUCUGAGGACACGAGAACAGGCACUGUCCGCUACACGAGAAACUAUGACUCACACUACCUGAGCGCAGAGGAGUGCAUCACAGCCGGAUACUUCCAGAAUCUACAUUCAAACCCCUGCAGACUCUCCAGAGACGGAUAUUUUGGCUCGAAAUUUGUAACCGUGGUGGCAACAGGGGGUCCAGAUAACCAGGUGCACUUUGAAGGAUAUCAGGUGUCCAAUCAGUGCAUGGCUCUGGUGAGAGACGAGUGCCUGCUGCCCUGCAAAGACGCUCCGGAGCUGGGCUACGCUAAAGAGUCCAGCUCCGAGCAGUACGUACCAGACGUCUUCUUCAAGGACAAAGACAAGUUUGGAAAUGAUGUCACGUUUCUAGCUCGGCCUCUUCCUGUGGAGUAUCUUAUCAUAGAUAUUACGACCACCUUUCCAAAGGACCCCCAGUACACCUUCUGCUCUACACAACGCUUCCCCAUUGAGAACCGGGACAUCCUGGGAGAGACACAAAAUUUCCACAGUUUAGCAACAUACCUGUCCCAGUGCACCUCCACGUCGUUCCUGGACAUCGUGUCGGACUUCCAUCUGCUCCUCUUCCUUGUCACCAAUGAGGUCAUGCCUCUGAGUGACAGCAUCGGGUUGCUACUAGAUGCUGUGAGGACUUCCAAUGAGGAUCUGGCACAGACCUGGAAGAAGUCGGAGCAGUGGGCCACCAUCGAGCAGCUGUGCAGUACAGUGGGCGGGCAGCCCUCCAGCUCUCAGGGUUACGGGGCCAUGGGCGGCCCCUCGGUCCCCGCCUCCUCCUCGGCCAUGUGGUCCUGCCUCCACUGCACCUUCAUGAACCAGCCCGGCACAGAGCUCUGUGAAAUGUGCAGCCUCCCCCGCGGUUAAAGAAAAACCCCUCCCUGCCCCCCACAUCCCUAUGUCCCGCCCUAAUCUCAUCCCGCCCAGCCAAUCACAUCGCUGCACCAGGACGAGCUGCGAGAUAUGGAUUCCCUUGUUCUUUUUUUUUUUUGUUCUUUCGCCUCGCUCCGAAGCCUUCCCGUCUCACCGGCUGCUGAUGAAAGGGAUGCACUCGUUUACACCCAAUUCAAUGAGUAAAUAAAAUAAAACCAGACUGUGUUUUUUGUCUGUAUCCCUCCUCACAGCGGCUCUCGUGAGUCUCGUUAAGGUAAAGCACUUUUUUUUGGCUGAGGCCCCUCUCCUUCAACCCCCCCCUUCCCUGAAUAAUCAGCCCCUCAGAUGAGACUGGAGUGUUUGGAUGUUCUCUCACAUCAGUGCCCCUCUCACUCUCACAACGUCCUCUGGAAUAUCUUGCUGUGUAUGAAACACCUUGAGGAAUGAUACUGUUAUUUAAAUCCUUUUUUUUUAUCUGAUUGUAGCGAUACCUUCAAGUUCUGAAUCUUCAGGAGUGGACUCUACUCACGCAGGUCUCUUUGACAAGCCCCUUAAAGUACAAUCAUCAGUCAAAGUUUAGACCUGAAAACUCUUGAAUAGCUCCGGAGUAAAUCCACGCAAGUAGAGAGUUUAUAUUUUCAGUAUUAAUUUGCUUCACACGUAAGUCCCAGAGUGGAAAAGGCAUACACAAAGAGCGUUUCACCCCUUACUCAACCUCCACAGUGGUUUGAACCUGAGCAAAAAUAAUAUGUAGCUUAUUUUAUCAGCUGUAUGUGCCGUCUCUGAUAAAACUCCCCCAACUAAAUGGCCGUCGUCAUUACAGACUUGCACUAUAUUAGCCGCGAGGUGCUUCUAGAAACAACUGGUGCUCGCCAAUUUCCUCUCCGUUGAACCUGGGCUUCUUUUGCUUUCUCGCUGACGGGGCCACGCUGCGUUUUCCAGGACUCAUCCUUCAAAGACUCCCAAGUGUCAAGCAGGAUAACGAUGAUCAGUGUUGGGAAAACCUUGAAGAUGGCAUCGUCUGCUUUUGAUCUUCAAAUCAUUUUUAGAGCCUUGCAUUUAGCCAUACACACACUUUAUACGUCUCAGAGUCUGCCUUCACCCCAGUUGAUGCAAGAGAUUGUGCUAAGGGCAUUGCAAUGUGGCAGGAAGAAUGUCCAUAUAAGGAGGCAGAAAUCUCAGAGAAAGAAACAAAACAAUCUCCAUUUAAAGAUGCUGUGAGUGGGAAAUGUUUUGUAGUAAGGAACCCUUUCACAUAUGACCGUCAGCAGUGAGGAUAUAAGGACAGCUGGUUAAAACUGGUUCUUUCUAAUAACAGUUUCAUGUCUCCUUUCGUGAGACGAAUAUUAGAACCAAAACGUUUGACAUCAUUUGAAACUCAACAUCUGGCAACAAAAUGUUAAAUGAAACCACCCCGCAUAGAUACUCGUAGCAUUUAAAGCAUCUGUUUGGCAAAAUGGACCACAUUCAUAUGAUGGGAGUCUUGGUAAACUAAUGCGUUGCCAGAAUGAAGUUUUUUAAUACUAUCAACAAUACUCUACAGGACUGUACGUCCAAAUUAACAAGCUUUACAGCAUUUUGAAUAUUAAAUGAAAAGCCAGUGCUGUUUUUAAGAUCGUAUUUGAUGUCUGCCACAAAACUCAUCUUGUUUUGACUAUACAAAUGCCUAACUGGUUGAAAAAAUAUGACACAUGCUAAAAACAAAAAUGCUAACAAGCUGCAACUCUUUGUUGACUUAUUUUGAAAAACAGAACCUCUUUCGAUCCACGUACACCAUGUUUGCUGCUGACGGAAAACACCCACAUCGCUACUUUUCUUUUUCCUCAAAACCGUUGUGCACUUCUCCAUAAAAUAGUUCCCUGUCAUUAUCACGCUAAAAGGCUCUGACAGUGAAUCAGUAAUUACUGUGGCGUUCUGACGGGGAAACGGACCUCUUAGUUGGGACGAGAGGCGCUGUUUGCUAUUUAUAAAUGAAUGAGACGUGUGCUUUGUAAGAGCUUGACAGUGAUUCCAUUGAGAUGUUUUUAGUGGUAGGUUAAUUUGAAAGAAGCUUGUGUGUUUUUCUUUUUUCUUUGCCCGAUGAUAUCAUCCUUGCCCCCUCCCCCCCCCCUCUCCCCCGUGUGAGUUCUUGAGAGCGAUUUCUCUGAUGUCAUGCUAACGGACGGCAGUGACCUUUUCCUUUUGUAUUGAUCCGGGGCCGUUUGCUGAGCGAGCAUGCUCUUGGACUUACAGCCGGUCCUAACCGAGGACACAGAAAGUUGUAUGCUGUUGACCUGGAUUUGAAACAAAAUAAUAAUAAAAAAAACAACAACAACAAA